UUCACCAGCCGGGGAGCAGCGAUUGCUGCCGCUCGGAGCGAGCGGGGCCGGCGGCCGCCUCCGUCCGUCCCCAUGCCAGCGCCCCGGGGCAGCGGCGCCGGGAGCCCCGCCGGGAUGCUGCGCCCGGCGAGCGGCGGGAGCCUGCGGCUCUGAGCCGGGAGCGGGGAGGUCCGGGCAGAGGAUGCUCCCCAAUGGCACCUGCACCAGGCUCCCGGGCGGUGCAGGCAGCGACAGCGGCGGCAGCGACAGCGGCGGCGGAGGAGCCGGCGGCCCCUUGGAGGAAGCGGCGGCAGGGGGCAUGGACUCGGGCGGCAGGAACUCCUCUGGCGCUCCGAACAGCACCCUGAGCGAGUCUCAGGGCAGCGCCAUCCUCAUCUCAUUCAUCUACUCCGUGGUGUGCCUGGUGGGGCUGUGCGGCAACUCCAUGGUCAUCUAUGUGAUCCUGCGCUAUGCCAAGAUGAAGACGGCCACCAACAUCUACAUACUCAACUUGGCCAUCGCGGACGAGCUGCUGAUGCUCAGCGUCCCCUUCCUGGUCACCUCCACCCUGCUGCACCACUGGCCCUUUGGCUCGCUGCUCUGCCGCCUGGUGCUCAGUGUAGACGCCAUCAACAUGUUCACUAGCAUCUACUGCCUGACCGUGCUCAGCGUGGACCGCUACAUCGCUGUGGUGCACCCCAUCAAGGCGGCGAGGUACCGCCGGCCCACUGUGGCUAAGAUGGUCAAUCUGGGCGUCUGGGUGCUUUCCAUCCUCAUCAUCCUACCCAUCAUCAUCUUCUCCAACACAGCGGCCAACAGUGAUGGAACGGUGGCUUGCAACAUGCUCAUGCCAGAGCCCACCCAGAGGUGGCUGGUGGUCUUUGUGGUCUACACCUUUCUGAUGGGCUUCUUGCUGCCUGUGGUGGCCAUCUGCCUCUGCUACAUCCUUAUCAUUGCCAAGAUGCGCAUGGUGGCCCUGAAGGCCGGCUGGCAGCAGCGCAAACGCUCAGAGCGCAAGAUCACUCUCAUGGUCAUGAUGGUGGUGAUGGUCUUCGUCAUCUGCUGGAUGCCCUUCUACAUCGUGCAGCUGGUCAAUGUCUUUGUAGAGCAGGAUGAUGCCACCAUCAGCCAGCUCUCCGUCAUCUUGGGCUAUGCCAACAGCUGUGCUAACCCCAUCCUCUAUGGCUUUCUCUCGGACAAUUUCAAGCGGUCCUUCCAGCGGCUGCUCUGCCUCAGUUGGAUGGACAAUGCUGCAGAGGAACCCAUCGACUACUAUGCCACUGCCCUCAAGAGCAGGGCAUACAGCGUGGAGGACUUUCCCCCGGACAACUUGGAGUCAGGGAGCAUGUACAGGAACGGCACUUGCACCUCCAGGAUUACCACCCUCUGAGGAAGCAUUCCUGCCCCACCGCCCCCCCACUGCCCCCAGCAGGAGGGUGAGCGAGGCCAGGGCUGUGGCACAGGGAGGACGGGAGGGAGGGGGUUUUGGUCCAGCCCACCGACAGCAGCGUUUGGCACAAGAGGGAGCAAAGAAAACCCCAUGUCCUCGGUGUGCUGCCCCAUCCCCCCUGCCUGCCUCCCAUGAGAGUGGGUGCAUUUGCUGAUGCUUUGACACCCCCUUAGUAAACUGCCGCACUCAGCUUAGGCUCUGGCAGCCGGGCUCUGCCACCCCUCUCUGUGUCUGACCAGCAGCUGUGCGGGUCCCACAGCGACUGUCCCUUUUGUACAGGUCCCCCUUCUCCUCCCCCUCGGCUGGUGGGACCCCCCUGCCACUGAGCAGAGCUUGCCCCAGUCAAGUCCCAGCAGUCUGGCUCAGAACCCCCUGACCGAUGGCAGCCCUGCUCAGCAUCUACAGGUACGCACCUGCCCUUCAGAGAACAGAAACACUGGGAAAAGUCCUCCCCGUGCACACCUGGCCCUGUUAGCAGCCUCUCUCUGCCUUCCCAGGGGGAAAAACAAUAAAAGAGGGGAGAAAAAGGCCCCGAGAAAAGGAGCAGCGUAAUCACGGAGCUGUCUUCUGCUUUGCAGACAGCUCUGACCUCCCUGGGGCUUGGGCUCUCUGUGCUGCUCUCAGAGGAAGCAGAACAGAAAAGGUCUUCGGAAGGAAAGCUGCUUCUUGCUGUGCUUCAGAGCUGCACAGCCGGCUGCUGAUAACAGGAGAUAAGUGGUCUCGUGACCCACAGGGAGCGGAGCACUGAGCUGGGGGCAGGAGGGAGCCUUGAGCCGGGGGAUGUGUGAAUGCGUCCAUACAUCCAAUAAAGUGUGCAAAUAAUAAAGUUUAAGGGGAGCGCUAGACUGUGAAGUUAUUGUCUUGUGCCUGCUCCAUUAGCCAUGAAACGGCAAUGAAGUGAGCUGAGACAGUUCUGAAUGACCUGGGUGGCUGCAAAGUCACUUUAGCCUAUAUGGAAAAAAGGGGAAUUCAUUCAAAAUCUCCAUCAGGCUCUUAAAUUAAUACUUGACAGAAAAGUAGCUGUUUGAACAUAGCUAUUACCCUAGCUCCUGUUUCUUCUGUUGCACUAAAAGAAAGAUAAAAUGUGUUUAUCAUAUGUUGCCAAUGUAAUAUACUGGCCCGGAGCUUCAUAAUGUUUCAUUUCUCAGAACUGUUGUUUUUAGUGUGUGCCAGAUGUCUUUUUAUUUGAUUUUUUUUAUUUGAUUCGUGUCACUGUGUUGUGAACGUGUUUCUCUGAAGCAAUUUAUACUGUGUACUUAUGUCUGUGGUGGCUACCUGCAAGAGUGCAUUUAAAAUGGGUGAUGCUCAAGAAGGCUCCUUUUCAGAGAAAAAGGUUGUAACUUUUUCUAAUACGCUCAUCUACACUGUCUCCCCCAGAAAAAAAUCUCUUGAAUUUUCCCUCUUUCUCUUAUGAAGUAACAUUUUUCAUAUAUGUGAAUGAAGAUUUCUUGUUUGAUAAAUGGAGCUGAUUAAACAAACCUUCUCUCCCUGCUCCCCUUAUCCCAGAUGCAAGAAUUACUACAAAGUGUAUUAAAACAAGCAGAUAAUGUUUUUUUUGUUUUCUACCACCUGUAUUGACAAUGUCACGGAGUGGCAGGUGUCCUGGUAGUUGUGACAAAUCACUUCUUGAGCACAAUACUGUGGUGGUAUUAAUUAUAGCUACUGACAGUCUGAAGCAAAAGACUGGAAAAAAUCUCCAGUAGCAACACACCCAUAGCCCUGUACUGGGAGCUACAGUGCUGAAGAAGUGCACGCAGUGUUAAGUGUAAGGCUGGCUGCAGAGGCAUCUAGCACUCAGGGUGGUGGACUUACUGCAGGUUCUUGUCAGAUUGUACCCUUCAACUUUUCUCAGCAGCAAAAAGCAGGAGACUACUUUGUACAUUUCUUUCACCAAAAAUUAGAUACUGUUAAAUGAAUGUAUAAAUUUAGUAUUUCAAAGUUGUCUGAUUCAAAGCCCAUCGAAAUGAGAGAAAAGAUCCUAGUUCACUUCAAUGGACUGUGAGUCAGCUCCUUUUAGGUUAAAAAUCGCUAAUGUGGAAGCUGUUACAUCUUUAUUAAAAUAUUUUGUGAAAAGCUUUAACAAUUGUAGUUUCUUUUCUUCUACUUCUCAGUGAACCUCAUUUAAAGAAAACAUGCAAAUAUUAGUUUUGCUAAUGAUUUCCAUGCACAUAUGGGGGAAAAAAAGGACUAAAUCUCUCUAUAAGCUUAUUUAACUUUUCACAGAAACCAAACAUCUGUCAAAACAGUCAAAUGCCCCAUGAUACCACACGGUGCUAUUUGUAGAGCUUCACUUAAAAUCUCACUCACAAUCUCUUUAAAAUGGUAUAAAGCUCUCUCUCUCUCUCUCAUCUAGGCAUACUGUUAUGUAUGCUUAUACUAAAUAAAGAAUGUCUACUUUCUACUGCUGGAUUUGUUUAACAUUAGACACUAUGAAGUAAAAGUGAAGAAGCAGUGAUUCAAAUCAGCUUUGAUGAGAAGUUGAGCCUGGUUUUAUUGCUUUUUUUUUUCUUUUUCCUGAUUUUGCCUUUAAACAAAAAUGUUAUGGAUUUCUGUACACCUGCCAGCACAUGCACUUUAAUUUCAGUUUUCCCAGGCAGAGUGAAGAGGGUUGGUGACUGUAAUUGGCAAACUACCCGGCUGCUGCAGCAGAGGCUGUCGGUGACACAGUAGAUGGCAGGCUUUCCUUCACAGAGAUGCCCUGGCUCACUUGCAGCCAGCAGUGCUGGUCUGACUCCUGGCUAAAACACACCGCAUAGUUUCAGUUUGGAAACAAAACCUGCUUAUUCUACAUUAACAGUUCUUCCUGCUAUUUUUCGCCCUGAGUUUAGUUCGACUUUGGCAGUGGGAGAGGUGAUCAAAUACUGUAAAUCACUCUUGAUUUCCUUUGGAAGAAAAAGUUUGUUUUGUAUUAUUCUACCCAGUAGAAGAUACCUACCAGAAAGUAAGCUGUCCUUCUGAAAUAGUGUAGUAUACCAGAAAACAAAGAGAACUCUUUUUAAUACUUUCCAAAUUGCAAAUAAUUAUUAAGAUUUUACAUGGAAAUUAUAUGAAUUUAUGCUUAAUUCACUGAAAAAAACACAGUACAGCACCAUAUUUCUUGGUGAAAUUUUGUCCCUUUAUACUGUAAUGUAAUUCAUUUACAACUAGGUAAACCAUAACUUAUAACCAGUGGUGUGUAGCUCAAUUUUCCCUGUGAGUUUAAUAUUUAAAAAACACUUCAACUUUAUACACAUCACUGAAUCCCAAGCAACUUUUCCCAUUCUUUGUUUAGCCUAAGACCUAUACAAAACAGUAUGACAGCUCUGAAUAACAUGCAGUGGACUGCAUCAUUUCCCUGGGUACAAACAAAGAGAGAAUGGCCUUCACAUGGAUUUUCCUAGCACAUACACCCGAUACUUCUGCAGCAUUUUCCCACUCAGAGAAGAGCAAGUGGAAAGCUACUCUUCUUUCUCACCAGAUUCCCCAGGAAGCAAGAUUAGAUCUAGAAGUGCAUCCAAGAAGACACAUCUCAUCAUCCUGGGGCUAACUGCUGCCUGCAGACAGUGGGCUUGGAGCCGACUGGCUCUUCCUAUCUCAGCUGUAGAUGAAGAGAGUGAUGGCCACAGGUAGAUCCUCUGCCUUCUGAGAUGGCCCUCACAGCAGAGAACAUCAAGCAGUAUACAUUUUUGCAUUUAACACUGAAAAAAUCCAUCUGAUUUCUUCACAGAGAAGAAGCAUAAGAUUUCUGAAUGUGAUGUGUGCAUUUCUGAAAUGCCAGAUUCCCAUUGUGUUGGGAUAAAACAGUGUUGUAUCAGAAUAAAAUGGAUUUCUGGUUGUUUUUGUAAAACUGAAAGUCUGCAUUUCAAGCAUAAUCUUGCAUGCUGUAUCAACUUCAUGGCCAUUUGUCCAUAUAUUCUAUGUUAACCAGUUUCCUAAGAUCAGCAUCAUAACUUUAAACAUUAAGCUUAAUGUUACUGAAAUAAAAUGAUCCUCUGAUGAAUGAUUUAUAUAGGAUUUGACUUUUCUCUGUCAUGUUUCCAGAACAGCAAUGUGUAAAUUAGUGUGUUAAAAAAAAUAAAUAAAAUAAAUAAAAAAAACAAUAAGCAAACAAACAAACAACACCAACAACAAACAGAAAAAAAUAGUCAAGAAAAUAAAAAAUCAGUCCAGUGUUCUAUAUUUCCUCCCCUAGAAUCCUUAUCUGACUCCAGGGCUACAGACAAAAUGUUAAUUGUGAAUGUCUAGAGGAGAAUAAAAUAUUUUUACUGCAUUAUGUAUUCAGCACUUCCGUCUUCUUUAACACAGAGCCUUGUUGGACCAAUGACUGC